AUUUUUCCAUUCAUAAGGUGUUGAAGAAAGAGAUUUUUUUAUUAGAUACCAAGUACCCCGCCAAAAGUGGGCGUGGCUUCUCACGUUGGAUAUAUGAGUGACGGGAAUCGACGCAUUUGUUUCUUCGAUUUUUUGAGAUUUUUUGGAUUUUUCGUUUGGAAGAUUAUGCAAAACACAAACUAUAUUAGUUGUUUUUUAAUAUUUUUCUCACAUUUAUUAUUAAUAAAAUGUGGUACUGGAAGUAUAGUCCAAAAAUGUUUGGACGGACCGCGCCCGCUACUGGAUGAGAAUUUAUCGAUUUUUUCUUGCCAACGAGGUUGUCCAGACACAUUUUUCUGUGAAAAUCAGCUGUGCUGCCCCAACACUACAGCCAUCUCCUCCCUAAACCGUCCAGCGGCCGCCGGCAAGCCGAACUUGGGCUCCCGGAGCACAAAAGCCGUUGAAUUUCAACUAGAAAGUUCCACAGAGUUGGAGAGAACUCUCCCGUGUGAGCGCUACCCGUAUAAAUUAUCCUGCAAAAAUGACACGUCACAACCCAUUGCAAAAUGGUAUUUUGACAUUCAAACUCUCUCGUGCGAGCUUUAUCCAUUUGGACAAUGCGAGGACGAUCCACUGGACAAGCUGGCUUUAAGGACACGUGGCGAGUGUGAAGAGCGGUGUGACGUGGCAAAAGUCAAGGCGGCAAUUGCAGGAAAUUCAAAAUUCCAAAUUAAUAGUGUUUCCAGUGAGAAUAUCGAACGAGAGGCACCGGUGGCGCCGCCAACUGAUCCCCAAAUUGCCAUUGAUGACGUCAUCCAGGAGUCCAAACAUAUUAGGGGCCGCCCAUUCGCUAUUGAGCCCCCAACCGACUUGGUACACGUGAUCCAUGUGAAAUCUGACAGAUUCCCGGCGAAAAAUCUAGAAAAAUCGAUAUACACUCAAGAAAUCCAAGAAAAAUCUGAAAACUUGGCAGAAAUUGAUGAAAAUCUACUUUUAACGAGUACGAUGGAGGAUGGAGCUACUGUACCUACAGUAACCUCGAAUAUUUUGGAAAUUUUGGAGGAUGCAUUGGAAGAGGGCUCCGGGAGUUUAGAAUCAUUAGAAAAAUCUGGAAAUUCUGGAGAAAAACUCGAGGAAAACAGGAAAAAUCGGAGAAAAAGCGUAAAAUCAUUGGAGCACAGCUUUGAGCAGUUUUAUCAAAGGAAUAAGGAAUCUGUAAGCUGCUCAGCAACCGCAUAUCGUCUCUUGUGCUCUUCCGGUGCUUCAUCCCAAUUUGUGUAUCGAUGGGAAAAAGUGGGCGGGGUCUGCCAAAGUUUCCCAUAUGGGUAUUGUUUGAAAGAGCAAAAUGUUGCACAUCCAAGAACCCGGGAAGAGUGCGAGCAGUUUUGUGAUUGAUUUUUUAAAAUUUUUUGAAAAAAUUUUUUUUCCCGAAAUUUUAAUUUUUUUUAAUUUAAUGAUUUUUUUUUUGUUUUAGGCACUAUUCCAAGCUUUAAGUUUUUUGCAAGAAACUAUUUAUUUAUUAAUAAAUUUUGUUUAUUGAUU